AUGGCAAUAGUAAUCGAAGCACUUGCAGAAAAGGCUAUUUCUAGUCUCUUGGAGGCUGUAACAAGUUUGUUGAGAGAAAAGGUGGACCUCAUCUUGAAUGCCGAAGAUGAACUCAAGAAGCUCCAGAGGAAGCUGGAACGCUUGGAGGUGUCCCUUAAGGAUGUAGAUCGCAAGCCCUUUUUCAGCAGUGAGCGCGACAGGCUUGAUGCAAUAAAAAAAGAUUGGGAAAUGGUGGAUCUACUCAAAACAACACCAAAUAGAAGGUUUGAGGACCCUGUUCAUGGUGAACAUGACAACUCCCGAGGGACAACCCAUCACAUGGGUGCACAACCACCCAUAGGCAGGGAGGAUGAUAAAAGGGAGAUAGUGAAAAGGCUCUUGUCUCAUGAGUCUGCACAUAGUAGUAUGACUAAGAAGGGAAGUGUUUCCAUUAUCUCUAUUGUAGGAAAGGGUGGGAUUGGCAAAACAACUCUUGCAAAAAUGGUUCUUAGUGAAAUCGCGCAACAGUUCGGGGAGCGCAGGUGGUGGGUUUGUGUUUCAGAAAGGCCAAAACGUAAGGAUUUGGUGCGGCAGAUACUAAGGAAAGUGUGCAAUGGAUAUGGAGAAAACACUGAUUGUACCUUGGAUGGCUUGUGCACGAAAUUAUGGAACGAGCUCUCAAAGGAAAAGUUUUUGUUGGUUCUAGAUGAUGUGUGGGAACUAAACUGGUGGGAGGAAGAGCAAAGUUGGGACUUGUUCAUAAAGGAGGCAUUAAGAGAAGGUGAAGCGGAACGGGAUUUGGAGAACCAUAAUGUAAGAGAUGUUGGAGAGAGCAUAGUCAAGAAGUGUGGUGGUUUGCCGCUUGUGAUUAAGACGGUAGGGUCCAUGAUGCGUACCAAGCAAAUGAGUAGGGAAGACUGGAAGUCGGUCAAGGAUAGUAAGAUAUGGGAAUGGAAGAGGCAAGCAGCCUCAACAUCAUCGUCCACUGAAAUAUGUGGUGAUAUUCUUCCUGAGUUGCCCAAGGAAAUGGGUGAACUGUGUAACUUGAGGCAUCUUGGGCUGAAAGGAACAAAGCGUUUGAAAUUUAUAGUAGAAGGUUUGGGGAAGCUUACCAAUUUACGGACCUUGCAUAGGUUUAUGAUAUGUAAUGACAAAAGGAAGAGAAGAGGUUCCAAUAUUAGGGAACUAAAAGUCUUGAAGAAACUAAAGGGGGAAUUGUCAAUAGAAGGUUUGGGGAGAAGUAGAAAAGCAAUUGAUCAUGUAGGAAAUGCACAACUGCUUAAGGAGAAGCAUGGCAUAAUUAGUGUGGAAUUCCACUUUGGAAUUAUCGGAGGUGAUGACGAACAAGUGGUGACGACAAACAGAGUGGUGUGCUGGAGGCAUUGGAACCUCCACUUGGGCUCGAGUGCUUGA